AUGAGAUUGAUAAAAAUAUACCUUCGAUACUAUCCGCCAGGUAUUGCCCUUAACUAUCAGAAAAAAGGAAUCGAGGGCACAAAAAUGAUAGAUUUGUUCGACCUUACCCCAAGCUGUGAUCUCCAAGUGCUAACGAAGCGAAUCGCGUCCACCGAACCGUUAAUUACGCAAGAAGUGUUCCCCCAGGUCACGGAGAUACUGGAAAAGCUGCAGAAGAAGCUGAAGGAACCGGUGAAGACGAAGUUCUAUCUGUUCAAAACGCUCCAAACGCACAUUCUACCUCUGACGAAUGUCAGCUUCGACAAGUCCGGGAAGAAAUGCAUUACUGGAUCGUACGACCGUACCUGUCGCAUAUGGAACGUGGAGAGUGGCGACGAGGAGAAGGUCCUCAAAGGCCACGAGAAUGUAGUCUUCGCCGUGGCCUACAACUAUCCCAGAUGCGACCGCAUACUGACGGGGUCCUUCGACAAAACUGCCAAAAUCUGGAAUCCCGUCUCGGGUAACUGCAUCAAUACGCUCUGGGGACACACGGCCGAGAUCGUCGGUGCGGAGUUCAACCCUAGCCAGAGCGAGCUGCUCGCCACCUGCAGCAUGGACAACACGGCCCGUGUGUUCCACUCCGAAACAGGCCAAGAGGUGAACCUGUUUGCGGAUCACACGGCCGAGGUCAUAUCGGCCCGGUUCAACAAGGAUGGGAACCUGCUACUGACGGCUUCCUUCGACGAGACUGCCACCGUGUGGGAUAUGCGGACAAAGGAACACGCCAUCGUCAUCCGAGGACACGAGGCCGAACUCAGCAAUGCGGUUUGGAACUUCCAGUGCAGCCUGAUCGCGACCAGUUCGCUGGACCGGACGGCCAAGAUCUGGGAUCUCCGGCGACUGGAUGAAGCGCAGGCAACCGCCAGCCACAAGGACGAGGUACUGGACGUCGCCUUCAACUGCACCGGUACCCGGUUGGCCACCGGUAGCGCCGAUUGUACUGCCAAGGUGUGGGAUGUAACCAGCAACUUCGAGCUGGUCACCAUCAUGGCUGGGCACGCCGACGAAGUGUCGAAGGUUACCUUCAGUCCACCGGGCGGGCUGCUGCUGACGGCCUCGGCGGACAAGAGCGCCCGCAUCUGGAACUCGGCCACCGGAGCCUGCACGCAAACGCUGUCCGGUCACGACGGCGAGGUAUUCUCCUGUUCGUUCAACUACUCCGGCGAUGCCAUCAUCACCGCCUCGAAGGACAACACGUGUAAGAUAUGGAGAUGA